AUCGGCAAUCGACGACGCGGCAGAAACAAAUUUACCCGCUCCUCCAGGAAUAAAAUCAUUGCCAGGCCCCAAGCAGCGCUUCCAGAGGCGCCACCGGCCCCACCAUUCCCAUGCCAGCCCGCAAGGGGCUGCUAGCGCCCCAGAACACAUUCCUGGACACAAUCGCCACACGGUUCGAUGGCACCCACUCGAACUUUGUGCUCGGCAAUGCGCAGGCAAAUGGCAAUCCAAUUGUUUAUUGCUCGGAUGGGUUCGUGGAUUUGACAGGAUAUUCACGCGCGCAAAUUAUGCAAAAGGGCUGCUCAUGUCAUUUCCUUUACGGACCGGAUACGAAGGAGGAGCACAAGCAGCAAAUUGAGAAAAGUCUCUCCAAUAAGAUGGAACUGAAGCUGGAGGUUAUUUUCUACAAGAAGGAAGGUGCUCCAUUUUGGUGCUUGUUCGACAUCGUGCCCAUCAAGAACGAAAAGCGGGAUGUGGUGCUCUUUUUGGCCUCCCACAAGGACAUCACGCACACCAAGAUGCUGGAGAUGAAUGUGAACGAGGAAUGUGAUAGCGUUUUUGCCCUUACAGCUGCUCUUUUGGGGGCGCGGUUUCGGGCCGGCUCGAAUGCCGGAAUGCUGGGCCUGGGCGGACUGCCCGGCCUGGGCGGACCGCCGGACAGCAACGGCGAUGCGGAGGCGGGCGAGGGCAACAACCUGGACGUUCCCGCCGGCUGCAACAUGGGCCGCCGGCGCAGUCGAGCGGUCCUCUACCAGCUGUCCGGACACUACAAGCCGGAAAAGGGCGGCGUCAAGACCAAGUUGAAGCUGGGCAAUAACUUUAUGCAUUCAACGGAGGCACCGUUUCCGGAAUACAAAACCCAGUCGAUAAAAAAGUCACGCUUGAUUCUGCCCCAUUACGGGGUGUUCAAGGGCAUCUGGGACUGGGUGAUUCUGGUGGCCACCUUCUACGUUGCCCUCAUGGUGCCCUACAAUGCGGCGUUUGCCAAAGCGGAUCGCCAGACCAUGGUAUCGGAUGUGAUUGUGGAGGCGCUCUUUAUCGUAGAUAUUCUGCUAAACUUCCGCACCACCUUCGUGUCGCGCAAGGGCGAGGUUGUCUCCAAUUCGAAGCAGAUUGCCAUCAAUUACUUCCGAGGAUGGUUCGCCCUGGAUCUUCUGGCCGCGCUGCCCUUUGAUCACCUCUACGCCUCCGAUUUGUACGACGGCGAGGAAUCGCACAUCCAUCUUGUGAAAUUGACGCGUCUGUUGCGGCUUGCUCGCCUGUUGCAAAAAAUUGAUCGAUACUCGCAGCACACGGCCAUGAUACUGACAUUGCUGAUGUUCUCCUUCACGCUGGCCGCCCAUUGGUUGGCCUGCAUUUGGUAUGUGAUAGCGGUCAAGGAGUACGAGUGGUUCCCCGAGAGCAACAUCGGUUGGCUGCAGCUUUUGGCGGAGAGGAAAAACGCUUCCGUGGCCAUUUUGACCACGGCGGAAACGUAUUCCACGGCCUUGUACUUCACCUUCACGAGUCUCACUUCCGUGGGAUUUGGCAACGUUUCGGCGAACACGACGGCCGAAAAGGUCUUCACCAUCAUCAUGAUGCUCAUUGGCGCUCUGAUGCACGCCGUGGUCUUCGGUAACGUGACUGCCAUCAUCCAAAGGAUGUACUCGCGCCGUUCGCUUUAUGAGAGCAAAUGGCGCGACCUAAAGGACUUUGUGGCCCUGCACAAUAUGCCCAAGGAGCUGAAGCAGCGCAUCGAGGACUACUUUCAGACCUCCUGGUCACUCAGCCAUGGCAUCGACAUAUACGAGACACUGCGCGAAUUUCCCGAGGAACUGCGUGGCGACGUCUCCAUGCAUCUACAUCGUGAAAUAUUACAGCUGCCGAUAUUCGAAGCGGCCUCCCAGGGCUGCCUGAAACUUUUGUCCCUGCACAUAAAGACGAACUUCUGUGCGCCCGGGGAGUAUCUGAUCCACAAAGGCGACGCCCUCAACUACAUAUACUAUCUGUGCAACGGCUCCAUGGAGGUGAUCAAAGACGAUAUGGUGGUGGCUAUUUUGGGUAAGGGCGACCUUGUGGGCUCCGACAUCAACGUGCACCUGGUGGCCACCAGCAAUGGCCAGAUGACCGCCACCACCAACAGUGCUGGCCAGGAUGUAGUCGUCCGCAGCAGCAGCGACAUUAAGGCGCUCACCUACUGCGAUCUCAAGUGCAUCCACAUGGGCGGUCUGGUGGAGGUCCUUCGUCUCUAUCCGGAGUACCAGCAGCAGUUCGCCAACGACAUUCAGCACGAUCUCACCUGCAAUCUGAGGGAGGGCUACGAGAACCAGGACUCGGAUAUUGGACCCUCAUUUCCACUGCCCAGCAUCAGUGAGGAUGACGAAAAUCGCGAGGAGGCCGAGGAAAAUGGGGGAAAGGGGGAGAAGGAAAAUGGCGGAGGAGCGCCACCUGGCGGAGCUUCUCCGCUGCACAAUUUGAGCAAUUCCCCGCUGCAUGCAGCACGGUCGCCCCUUUUGGGCAUGGGAAGUCCCAGGAAUCAGAGGUUGCAUCAGCGGGGAAGAUCCCUGAUAACUCUGAGGGAGACGAACAAGAGGCACAGAACCCUGAAUGCAGCUUGUAGCCUGGAUCGUGGAUCCUUCGAGGAGGCUGAUCCCCUGGAGGAGGAGCAACAGUCGGCCGUAAAGAGACCCUCGUUGGAGCGUCUGGACUCCCAGGUUUCCACCUUGCAUCAGGAUGUGGCCCAACUGAGCGCCGAGGUUCGCAAUGCCAUCAGCGCCCUGCAGGAAAUGACAUUCACCUCGAAUGCCAUGACUUCGCACAGCUCGUUGAAGUUUCCACCGGCAAGGUCCAUACCCAAUAUCAGUGGAGUGGCGGCCACCAGAUCUGGCGAUGCAGUGGAUCACGGCUUGAUGGGUGGAGUUUUGGGAGCCGCAGAAGUGGCAGCAAUGCAACGUAGUUCAUCCCAUCCUCCCGAGGUUUGGGGCAGGGAUGUUCAGCUGCCCACUAGCAACGCCGGCAGCUCAAAGGCACCUUCACCUUCGCCCGUGGAACCCAAGAAGGUUAUGACCAGUAGAAGCUGUCAAACGGAUUUCUAUCGCAUCGAUUUUCCCACCUUCGAGCGUUUUGUGCUGGCCAAUCCUCGCCUGGUUUUGGGUCUUCUGGGCAUUGAACCGGCCAUCAAAAAUGAAAUGGAUCUGCUGCAACAGAAGCAAACCCUGCAGAUAUCUCCUCUGAAUACGAUAGACGAGUGUGUCUCGCCGGCGGAUCCCAAUUUGGCCAGUUCCAAGGAGAGAUUAAUCACCACAUCGGCAGCUCCAACCGCUGGUCGCAUUUACCCGCCUCUGGAUGACGAGAACUCCAAUGAUUUCCGCUGGACAAUGAAGCACUCGGCCAGUCAUCAUAGCUGCUGCAAGAGCACGGAUGCUCUGCUGAGUCCGGAGGAGCAGCCGCAGGUUUCCAUGCUCCCAGAGGGAACUCCUCCUCCACAACCGCCUUCUCUUCAGGAAGUUCGAUCAUCCAAGAGGAGCAUACGAAAGAGCACGAGUGGCAGCAACUCCAGCCUGUCGUCAAGCAGUUCCAGCUCGAAUAGCUGCCUGGUAUCGCAGAGCACCGGCAAUCUGACCACCACGAAUGCCUCGGUGCACUGCAGCAAUAGCAGCCAGAGUGUGGCCAGUGUGGCGACCACGCGGCGGGCCUCCUGGAAGCUGCAGCACUCGAGGAGCGGCGAGUAUCGAAGGCUAUCGGAAGCUACCGCCGAGUACUCACCUCCGGCCAAAACACCGCUUCCCGUGGCCGGGGUGAGCUACGAUGAGGAGGAGAGUGUGGAGCUGCUGGGACCGCGGAGAAACUCGAGGCCCAUCCUGCUGGGCGUGAACCAGAAUCAGGGCCAAGGGCAGGCCAUGAAUUUCCGCUUUUCGGCGGGCGAUGCCGAUAAACUGGAGAAGGGUCUGCGCGGUCUGCCCUCCACUCGCUCCCUCAGAGAUCCCAGUGGCAAGUAAGCCAAUGGGAGUCAUUUACAUGCAAACCGCCGUGCGUGAUUUAUGUCCUAAUUAAUACUGAAACACAAAGACGCUUGUACAUUUAAUAUCUCUAAGAUACAAACACAAAAACACACACAUACGAGUUUGGUUGUUCAUCUGUUUGGCCCCUAGAUUUAUCGAGAAUACCUACACAUAUUGCAAAAGCAUAUCAGAGAAUAUCUAACAAGCCGGGGAAAUUAUUUUUAUAAGGAAAUCGAGUAUUUUCCUAAAAAAUAAGCUAAAGAUAUACCCACUCAGAAUAUAUAGAAAACAUAUUUCAGCGGAAGUACAAAGCUUAGAGACCUCCGAUUACGAGUAUAUCUUGCUUAGCAACGGAAUAUCACAAUAUCAUUGACACUUACAAAAAUGGGUGAAAUGUUAGUUAAGUUAAAUCAGCCUGAAGUUUUGUGGGACAUAGGA